ACUCGACCAAGCUACCCAAGAAAGAGAAAGAAAAAGCUCUCCAACCCUCCUCCAUUGCUGCAACUCGAGCUCAACCAAGAAGGGUCCAAGGAGUGGGAUUAAAGAAGGAAAAAGGCUAGGAAAAGUGUGUAAAAUUAAGGCACUUGUAAAGAGUAUUUCAAGUGAUUUCACAAAGUUGGAAAAGUCGUCGGAGUUGUCGCCGGAGUUGACCAAAAGUCGCCGGAGUUUCACCGGAGUUCAACCAAGAAGGGUAGAACUUCAUAACGCUAGUUUCAAGGUUGAAGCUAGGGCUUGCUACUUGCACCUUCUUACGGGUGAUAUCAACUUCAGGAAGACGUGGUUCGUGCUUCCUUAUUUUCUUUCAAACUACCGAACACUUGCUCAUGGAUAUUUGUUCUACUAUAAACUAUUUUUGGGGCUUGCAUGCCCAUGUUGUUGGCCGGCUGUGGCUUAUGACUUAUCGUUGAAUAUUUCCGCUAUUCAUUGGUUUAAAUGUGAUGUUGUUAUGUAUGUUUACUACUGAGUAUGGAUGGAUUAUUUUCUCGAACGCCUUGUGUAAUUAAGUGAGGUUGACUCGCGGGUGACGUCACUUGGUUAUACGGCGGUUGUACACGCGCUUGGAUUGCGAUCUGGGGCGUGACAAUGACCCUAUCAUGUGGCCCCACAAUCUGCCAUCUCUGAAGACCAACACUACCCUGUGCACUGCCCCUACCCCAACUCCGCCUACUGCUCCAAGUCCGCUCUCCACAUCCGCAUCGUCGUUUAUUCGACAUCGUCAUUGCCCACUCUCCAUACGCUACCGGUUUGUGUAGAAGGAGAAGAAGAAUAGGAAGAGGAACAUGUUGUGACAACAAUGAUGGCAUACAUGUGGCUCCAGAUGAGGUCUACUUCCGGCGGGAUUCGACUGGCUGCAUUGGGUGCCUGUACGGAAAGAAGAGAGAAGAAGGUGGCUGAGGGAUGAGACCUGGGCGUUUGGACAACCCUUGGAGAAUUGGGUUUAGUUUUAUUGAGAGGUCUUUUGUAAUAUUAUUGCCAUUCUUUCAAAGUGAAAUUGUGUAAUUAUU